AUGUCUGGCCCCUUAACAAAGCCCAAGCUGCGCGGCGGCCUGAUUGCGUCUGCCUUUGGCGCCGUCAUCAUCGUCGGCGCCCUCACCGGCGCACAGCUCAAGACCGACGUUCAAAAGACCGAGUCGAUUAAACAGUUCCGAGCCGACUCGCCCGCGCAGCAAAUAGCCAUCCUGGAGGAGCAGAGGAAGCACCUGGUGCAGCAGAGUAGGCAGAUGGAUCGCAAGAUGCAAGUAUUCCAGGAGCGUCUCGUGGAGCGCGAAGAGGAAAAGGCGAAGCGGGCGAAAUAA